AUGUCGAUCCGCCCAGGUAGCUCGGCCUCGCGGUCUUCAGGCGACUAUAAAGAGGUCCGCCUCCCAAAUAGUUUUGCCGUCAACUCCUUAAUAUACUUCUGUGGCCGCGAUUUUCGAAAGGCGAGGAGCGUUCGCCGCUACUAUGACGACGACUUGGAUGCCCGGAGCACCCGCUCCAGCGGCUCCAUCUUCUCGUGGUCCAGCGGAUCCGGCCAGGUCUACCUCGUCGAGACCACCUCCCCCUACUGGCUCGUAGACGGGGACGAGUCGCGUACGGUUUCCUCCUCUUCCUCCCGCAAGCACAAAUCCUCGAGGAAGCCCCGAGCCCCUCGUACCUCCUCACAACGCAACCCCGCCGCCCCGGGCCUAUGGGAAAAGCGACAUGCCACAGUAGACGAUUACGACGACGAUGAGGAUGACGACGAUGAUUACAGUACUACCAGUGACGAAAGCAGCUACCACGGAGGCCCAAUGCCGGGUCCAAUGCCGCACUCGCAGCCACAUCCGGGCAUGAUGCCCGGCGGCCCUCCGGCUGGGUUUCAGACCAUGUACGGUUAUCCACCGCCGCCACCGCCGCAGCAGCAGCCGCAAGGUGCCGCCUCACACCAUAUGCCUCCCGCAGGAUUCCAUAUGCCCGGACCACCCCCUCCGGUCCCGGGAGCGACAGGCAUGUCACCACCGCCGCGGCCACCGGGAGGGCAGUUUAUUCCCGGUCGGGGUGGGAUACAGGUGUUUGCCUAG